AUGAAGAAGACGCAGGAGAAGAAGAUUAUUCUGCCUUGGCUCAGUUCUGUGGUACCCGGUGAACCCGGAACUUGCUGUACAAGUUGCCUUGAGGCAGACUCCUGGUCAAGCACUGGAAUGACCAUUGUAGAGUGCGCCGGCUACUCGCUGAUAGCGUUCGGGCCGUCAUUCGCCAUCUUCUGGGUCGUGGUUGCUGGCCAGCCGAGCCGGAUCGUGGUGUUCCUCGUCUCCUCGUUCUUCUGGCUCCUGUCGCUGCUGCUCUCAUCCGUCGCCUGGUACAUGAUGCGAGAACUUUUCGAUGCAAUGUUCGCUGCUGGCGUGAUCACGUCUGUGUGCUUCCAGGAAUUAUUCAGGUAUCUGGCACUCCGAACACUGCGCAAGGCCGAGAAGGUUCUGAACGUAGUGGAUCUCGUCGGCAGUGAUUUCGACGAGGCUCUUUUUCACUACCACGCUACAUACGCCUGCGUCUCAGGCUUUGGCUUUGGAGCUACCAGCGCAGCCACAGCGAUGCUCAACGUCCUUGCUGACGUGGCUGAUGGACCAGGUACGUCGCACUAA